CAUGCGCUCUUCUUUAGAAGGGACAGCAACAAUGGCGUCCUCCUUUGCUGCGCACAGGUUACAUAUGAGUGGAAGGGGCAACCUAUUGAAGCGUCUGAAAAAUGUAGAUGCCUUUCUUCGCAGAAGAGUUGGAACAAGUGCUGUUCCUGCUCGGGAAGAAGCACCAAGGAAAGAUGAAGCUGAAAAGGAUGGACGUCUGUCUUUUUAUGCUGUCCAGGCGCAAGGACAAGAGCAGGCGGAAAGAUCUGUUCUCAUCAACUGCCCUCCCAAAACCAGUGAGAAAAAGAUUAUCAAGGUUUUAUCGAGACAUGGCGAUAUUAAAAAGUACUUUACAUAUGAAAGCUACGGCGUGUACGCAGUGGUGGAGUUUGCUACACGAGAAGGUGUUGCCUCGUUACUCGAAGGAGCCAGCAUCCCCAAUAACGGCCACGAGUGCAUGGUUCCGUAUAAAUCGAGACUAUUGACGCUAAGAAGUCUUGGUCCGGCAGAAGGCAGCGGCCAGCAGUGGAGUCAACAGAAUCACCCGCAAACCACCAUUCCUAUUAACGAGCUUAUCCACAGACUUUCCCAAGAGGAGAGUAUAGACCGACAGAUCACCUGCUUGACGGACGCCUAUCAGUUGACCGAGGAGAACAGCCGGCUGCGGUUCCUGGUGUGCUCUCUGCUCAAGGACAUCGCCGCCGCUUAUUUCCCAGAAUGCUCCAUUAAACCGUUUGGCUCAUCGGUGAAUGGCUUUGGGAAGCUGGGAUGCGACCUGGAUAUGUUCCUGGACCUAGACGGCAUCAGUGGAAGGAAUUUAAAGACGGCAAAAUCCGCCUUGGCCUUGGAGUACCAGAUGAAGCGGGCCAACUCGGAGCGGGCCGCCACGCAGAGCAUCCUAUCCGUCAUCGGUGAAUGUGUGGACCAGUUUGGACCCGGCUGCGUGGGCGUGCAGAAAAUCCUGAACGCCCGAUGCCCUCUGGUCCGCUUUGCACAUCAGCCGUCCGGCUUCCAGUGUGACCUGACCGCCAACAACAGGGUGGCGAUGAAGAGCUCAGAGCUGCUGUACCUUUACGGCCAACUGGACCCUCGGGUGCGCCAGCUGGUGUUCACCAUACGCUGCUGGGCCCGAGCUCACGGCGUCACCAGCAACAUCCCCGGGGCCUGGAUCACCAACUUCUCCGUCACUGUCAUGGUGCUCUUCUUCCUGCAGGGGAGAAGCCCGCCCAUCAUCCCCACCUUGGACCACUUACGGGACCUGGCAGGUGCCGCGGACAGGAGCGUGAUCGAGGGGAACGACUGCACAUUUGUCAGCGACUUCGACAAGAUCCGACUCCAGAGCAACACGGAGACGCUCGAGCGACUGCUUGGUGAAUUCUUUGACUUCUACGCCACCUUUGCGUUCAGUAAGAAGUCCAUAAAUAUCAGAAAGGGCAAAGAGCAGAACAAGCCAGAGGCGGCCCCGCUGCACAUCCAGAACCCGUUUGAAACCGCACUGAACGUCAGCAAGAACGUCAACGGCACACAACUGGAACGCUUCGUGGCUCUGUGUCAGGAGAGCUCCUGGCUGCUCCAGCAGAGGGACACCCACACGCCCAAAGGGGGCGCCACCCCCACACCUUGGGGACUGGCAACCCUCCUCUUGCCCUCGCAGGUCGCAGGGGUCAAAAGCCGGAAGAAGAGGAAAAGGGAGCCUGCUAGUGAGAGAAUCAAGAGUUUGCUAGAAUCCCUAAAGGCUAAAAACCAGCUGAAGACCUAAGACCUCCUUGGAAAAGAACACCUUCCAUUUUUGCACAGCUCCAUCUUUCCCAUGUAAUUCUUUGUAUGACCACUAGAGGGUGAUACAGAGGCUUGUAUGAAUCUGUCGUCAGGCAAUGUGAAGUGUGUACUACUACUAUAAAGUGUACACUACUGGAAGUAUGCACCUCCGACUCUCAUAACUUCAUAUGCAUUUCUAAAUCAAUGUUCACGGACUCUACAAUAGCAUCAAGGUAAUAAAUAUAUAAUUAGUGAUUAGUGAUAAUUAGUUGUUGACUGCGAACGUGACCUAAAAGGCGAAACUCCGCUGCUAGCAAUAAAUCAAUCAACAAUGGCAAAUAGGACAUAAAUGUUCAAUAUUUUCAAGUUAUUUACUCGCGAAGACCCGGAAGCUUUGCUUCAAGGAUCCUGGAAAACCUCACACCAUCACCGCGAUGGUGGUAUAGUGGUGAGCAUAGCUGCCUUCCAAGCAGUUGACCCGGGUUCGAUUCCCGGCCAUCGCAGAAUACGUUUUGCCAUUCGAAAGUAGAAAUGUUGUAUUUUAUACGCUGGCUGUUGCUAGCGUUUUGUAGUAAGUAA